AUGAACACCCUAUGCGAAGUGGCUCAAUCACCGCAAGUACUGGUGACAUACCUCAUCUGCAGAACCUAUUUCGAAGCAAAGGCCGCCAAGAUGGAGCGGAAGGAAGAAGUCCUUGUUGUGGGAAUGGGUGCCAUAGGGACCAUGGCGGCAUACGCAAUUCAGAGUGGUGGACAAGCCAAGGUAACAGCAGUCUUGCGUUCUAACUACGAGAUAGUCCAAGAAUUCGGCUUCACCAUCGACUCAAUUGAUCACGGCAAGGACAUACGAGGCUGGAGACCAUCUACAAUAUUACGUUCAAUACCUGACUGCCGCGACGGGUCAAAGCAGUACGACUACAUCGUGGUCUCGACCAAGAACACGCCCGACAUGGCUCCCAGUCUGAUAGACCUGAUUGAGCCGGCGAUCAAGCCCGAAGUGACUACGAUUGUCCUGAUGCAGAACGGCCUAAACAUCGAGCAGCCAUUUAGACAUAAAUUCCCGCAAAACACGAUACUUUCGGGCGUCCACCUCAUGGGAGCAAGUGAAACCUCACCAGGCACUAUUGUACACAACGAGCCUGAUAUCUGCAAAAUUGGUCCGUUUGACAACAGCGACACGGGCGUCCUCCAGGAGAGAGACGUACACAUCACUCGCGCUAAGAGGUUUGUCGAGAUAUACAAUGCUUGCGGAAAGGUAAACUGCCAAUUCGACGAGAACGUACAAUUUACCCGCUGGCACAAACUGGUAUACAACUCCUCUUACAACUCCAUCUCAGCUAUCCUACGCAUGGACGUCACGCGUAUGCGAGUACACGAACACGUCAUCGAUGAUCUCGUCAAGCCGAUAAUGGAAGAGAUCAUGGCGAUUGCUGGUGCGGCAGGUGUACGUUUACCAGAAGACUUGCCCAUGAAAUUCAUCACGAUUGAUUCUCUCGACUCAUGGUUCAUGCCGUCAAUGGGUCAGGACGCCAUCAAGGGCAACUAUUUGGAGUUCGAGAAUAUUGUCGGUGAGCCUAUGAGGGAGGCGCAGAAGCUGGGUGUACCUUGUCCGACAUUGACUACUGUGUAUGGCUUGUUGAGGGGCAUGCAAGCUAAGAUCAAGGAGAGCAAAGGACUACUGGAGCCGAGGGUUGAGGACGCCAAUAAAUACCGUGGUUGA